AUGUCUAAUCCUCAAGAAAUCAAUGGUGGUUCCUGCGUGGCAAUGGUGGGUAAGGACUGUUUUGCCAUUGCCUGUGAUCUCCGACUGGGCAUGCAGUCAAUCGGCGUGUCCAACAACUUUGAAAAAAUCUUCAACUACGACAACACCUUUUUGGGCCUGACGGGUCUCGCAACAGACGUUAUCAGUCUUAGUGAAGUUUUCCGAUUAAAAACAAAUAUGUACAAGAUGCGCGAGGAUCACCCCAUUGAACCAGAGACUUUCGCCAACCUCGUUUCCUCGACUCUCUACCAAAAGCGUUUUGGACCAUACUUUAUUGGACCUGUCGUUGCCGGCAUUAACUCAAAGACAGGCAAGCCAUUCAUCUGCUCGUUCGACCUGAUCGGGUGCAUCGACUUUUCAAAAGACUUUGCAGUUACAGGCACUGCAUCCGACCAACUAUUUGGCAUGUGUGAGUCGCUCUGGGAACCAGAUUUGGAACCAGAAGAGCUUUUCGAAGUCAUUUCUCAAGCACUCUUGAAUGCAGUUGACCGCGACGCGCUUAGUGGCUGGGGUGCUGUGGUUUACGUUGUAACCAAGGAUAAGGUCGUUAAGCGACUUCUCAAGACUCGACAAGAUUAG